CGAUAAAUUUCUAGUAAUUUUAUAAUUUACGAAGUCAUUUUAAGAUAUAAGAGCUUAAUAGACAGAAGCCAUGAAAAACGUGGAAUUAUUAUUAUGUCUUCUAGCAAUAAUAUGGGGAGUUGAAGCAUUUACCAAAGAAGAAUUUCAAAAUUUUGUUUGCUCCUUUCCGGAUGAAUAUUCUCACAGACUUAUCAAUUGUACAAUGAGAAGAAGUAGCACUUAUGUGCAAAAGACUGGUGAACUCUUAGAUCGAUGUGUUGACAAGUUCUACGAAACCGAAAGUCAAGCAGAAUCGUUUUUAUUGUUUCUAUGCCAGGAUGAAGUGUUCGACAGUGAAGAUGUAACCUAUUGCCUCCAGGAAGGAGCAGAAGACGUGGACGAUCCUAAUGAGGAAGACUUGGAAAUUUUUAUUAAUGCUGCAAGACAUUGUUUGAUUUUUGGAUAAAUUAUCCAAAAAAACCUUGUUAAAUUUCCUAUGAAGUGCACUUCAUUUUACUCUUUUAAAUAAUUAAAAUGAAUUUAUGCAUUAAA